AACGCGGUGGGCAGUCAUGUAGAUUUGACCAAAGUCGAAGCGCAGUGAUUUGCGAAAGGUUCGCUGUCGCGUGAAAAUCUCAUUAUCAAACAAUUCGACUUCCUGGCUGGCUAGCUAGCUAUGCUAGCUGUGGCACUAUCAUACAUCCUCGGGGAGAGUCAUGCACAACUUUUGAGCGACGCAGCAAGAAAUGGACAAAAACGUGCGCAAGCUUCGAAGUAAAGAUAUAAACCCAUGCAUUGAAGAAAGUGAUGGCUCUCAGAAAUGUUUGGAUGCCAAUAACUAUGAUAAGAACAUGUGUUCUGCAUAUUUUCUGAGAUACAAAAACUGCAGAAAAUACUGGCACAACCUCAUGGUGAAUAGGAGACGAGACGGCGUGAAGCCUGACAUGCCAACUGCUGAGGAGCGCCAGGAGAUACUAGCUGCCAUUGGAGGCAAGCCCUAUUGAGGCAGUAGCAAGACCAGUAGAAGGAAACACUGGAUUGGGGUGUAGACCAUACUUUCCAGUAAAGCUCUGGGACAGACACCUUUUUUAUGAAGGUCUGAGAGCUCCUCCACACACCUCACCAUUAUGAUACUGACCGUGCCCCAAGAGCACUGUGUGCUGCUUGCCACUAAAGGUUGAAGGUGGCGUUGAAACCUGUCAAAUACCAAUAUCAAUGAUCAAAUCACAGUAUGCCUAAUGCUGAAAUCUGGCAAUGAAUGUGCAUAGCUGGUUAGUAUGAGUGGAGCUAUAUGGAAAAGCACUUCAAGUUGCCUUGAUGAAUCAAGUGUUUUUAAUAAUCUUUAAAGAAAGAACUGGGAAGACUAUGGGCUUACUCACCUUUAUUUGAAAGCCUUGCCAGCAUCUCUGAAAAUAAACUGAAUCUGUGUUUGUAAAAUUA